AUGUCAUUGGGCCACCUUAAUCCAUUUUCCAUGCCAAUUGAGAUGAAAAUAUCAUGGGAUAUGAUAGUGAAUUCUAUCACAGAAUUGACACUGCAGAUUAACCACCUAACAGAUGAAGCAAAAAAUCGUAGAAAUGCCUUGGACACAGAAGCAACUGAGACCUUGACAGCUCAGGUUGCCUUGGAUAAGACUGCUGAAGAGUUUCGCCGUAGCCAUGCUGAAAGACAUGAACUGAUUAGUAGGUGGGAACACACACUAAAAAUGAUGUACAAGAGAGAUAAGGAUAUGGAUUCAUUGAAUAAUCAAUUACAAAAUCUGAAGAUGGAAAUCAACAAGAAAAAGGCAUUAAUUGAAGAGAAGAAAUUUUUUAGGCAAAAUGAGAUGGAGAACAAUAAACAGCUAGAGGAUAAGAUUACAAAGGUUGAAAAAGAGGGUGCCAAAUUUCGCCAGGAUUAUCAAGAUGCAGAAACUCAAAGAGCCAGCUUUCAUGAUGAGCUGGAGGCUUUAAAGCGCACCGUUGACAGAACAGCAGCUGAUUUUGAAGUUGCAAGGUCACAGGUGGCAGAACUGAAAAAACUGUAUUGUGUUGAAGGCAAAAAGUAA